UCCUCUUUCACGACCUUGCACUUCACAAUGCAUAGCAACAGACAUAAUUGAACAAGUUUUCGCCUGGGACAUCCAUGAAUUAACGACAUCACGACCUUCAUGAACCAAACCACGCAGAUGAGACAGGCAGUGGCACUUGCCCAGUGCGCUCCAAAGAACUGACCAGUGCAUAUUUCCCUCGAUACUCGACCACUUUUCUGUCCUCACACUCUUUGAAAAGGAGCAAACCCCUCGUUCGCCUGUCUUGUUACUCUCCGCGAAUACAUUGGGCAAGACAGUGCCCCAGAUCUCCCAACAUUAUACAGCCUCAAGCGUCCUGUCGUUCUUCAUCUGCCCUGACGAUGGAUCCGGAAGAAUUGUACACAAAACAAAACUGCAUUGGCGGAGGCAGCUUUGGCAAAGUAUACAAAGGCGUUGACAAGCGAACUGGACAAGCAGUAGCUAUCAAGAUCAUCGACGUGGAGAAUGCUGAAGAUGAGGUCGAGGACAUCAUACAAGAAAUCUCCAUACUGUCAGAACUGCAGUCUCCCUAUGUGACCAAGUACCAUGGCUCGUUCCUCAAAGGCUCAGACUUGUGGAUCAUUAUGGAAUUCUGUUCUGGGGGAAGUUGUUCAGACCUCAUGAGACCUGGUCUCAUUCAUGAAGACUAUAUCUGUAUCAUAAUUCGAGAAUUACUCAUGGGUCUGGACUAUUUACACAGCGACAAGAAACUUCAUCGCGACAUUAAAGCGGCCAACGUACUUCUGGGUCAGAAUGGGCAAGUCAAACUGGCUGACUUUGGCGUAUCUGGACAAUUGUCGGCGACCAUGACCAAGAAGAAUACCUUUGUCGGCACACCUUUCUGGAUGGCGCCAGAGGUCAUUAAACAGUCAGGCUAUGAUCAUAAGGCAGACAUAUGGUCACUGGGAAUCACAGCUAUCGAACUCGCGCAAGGAGAACCUCCCUAUGCUGACAUACAUCCCAUGAAAGUACUCUUUCUAAUUCCAAAGAACCCACCACCUACCCUGCAGGGGAACUUCACUCGCACUUUCAAGGACUUUGUCGAGCUUUGUCUACGACGAGAUCCUCGAGAACGCCCCUCCGCAAAAGAGCUGUUGAAGCACCCUUUCAUACGAAAGGCGAAAAAGACUACAUAUCUGACUGAGCUGAUCGAGAGGAACGAGAGAUACAUGGCUAGCCACGGAAGUCGGUCUUCGGACGACGAGGAGGAAGAUGACAGACCUAUGCAUCAACGUGAGAACGAGAAUGAAGACCUCUGGGAUUUCGGUACUGUGAGACCUGUGGGAGGUCGUGCAGGUGGGCUACGACCUAUGAACGACUCGGAUACCAACGCGAGGGCGUCUGCAGAGCCGGCGGCAGCAAAGAGCAAGGUGGACUGGGAUGAGACCGUCAAGGCACCUUCUUCUCCACAGAAGUCACCCGUUAAAUCGGUAUUUCCUACCCCGGCCAAAGUUCCACUACCACCCUCACCAAAGAAGGCAACAUCUUCAGCAUCGAAUGAGGUUUCAGUUUCUUCUGCUGCCGCUCAGGCUCCAACCACAUUGAACUCAGCUAUCCCAAAAACACCGGCAGCUCCAUUGAUCUCCAAGCUCUCCUCAUCUCGAGAGCCCAAAGACAGUCCUGGGUCUGGGGAAUACAACAAGGCGUUUCAAGCUCAAUUAGCGAAGGAUAUGGGCUUUUUGAAGCUAGACAAUGCAGACAGCCCAAAAACACAAUCGCGACAUGUCCCAACACCGCCCGGUCAGAAACCCCAGAUGGUCAUACCAGACAUUCCUCCUUUCAGAGGAAAGCCAGGAAGAGGGGAGCCUCUUCAGAAAGCAUCAUCAACAGCAUCUUCGAGUCCUUCAGGUCAACACCCUCUUCCGGCCUUUUCCUUUGCAUCUAUCCCACAAGCACAGACUACCGCAUCAAUGACGAAUCAACAACGACUGCCACCUCUAACAGAUAAGACCAAUCAACCAUCGUCUUCGACGCCUGUAACACCCAGCACAACAAGCUCGCAGGACCCUAGACAGGAAGAGGAACUCACUGCCCUGAAUUCUGUGAUUAUUCCAGCACUUGAGGCUGCCAUGCAUCGGCGCAAUUUCGCUCUGAAAGAGCUUGGUCGAGCCACCAAACAAGGCUCUUCUGUUGCCGCAGAGAUGCAGCAGCAGAGAAUGCAGACUCACGAGAAAGUCAGACGGUUAGCUGGCAAAGCUGUGCAGAUCUUCCAGGAGAUCCAGGAGUACGAUGAAGAGUGUCCUGUCGGUAUGGGUGGAGGAGUUACUGAAUUCUUAGAGGGCUUUCUGGAAGAAAUACUUGUACGGGUUGAGGCGGCAGAAGAGCCGGAGAUGAGUCCUAGGAAGUCAUGAGGUUGCAUGUAAUUAACGAGGGUCGGUUGUUUUAUGUCUAGAUGAGGUCCGGGAUCGAGCUUUACAGCAUUGGAGUAUGUAUUAUGAACAAAGGGCUUCAAGUAUUCGCAGGCGAGAAUAGCGACGUUGAUUUGCUCGGCCUUGCGUGACUCAAUGAUGCUUGUGAGAGCUGCGA